ACCCAAUCCAAUAUAUUUCACUCUCUUAGCACCAAUACCCAAUCCAUUAGCCAUUCUGCCACAAUUCAUCCGCCGAUCUACGAAUGGAUGAAGGUAAUGCUCGGCCAUUCAUCAGCCUCUUACUUUCGUCCUUCGCCCUUCGUAGUUCGCAAACGGAGACUCGGAGUCGGAGAGGACCAAUCAGCUGACCAGCACUCCAGCACCAACAGGCAACCCGUAGGCCAUAGCAGCAGCGAGCCAACGAACAACAAGCUUUCCUUUUCCCUCCCGAAUCAGUCCCGUUUGGCCAUUUCCGAUUUCCUUCCCGUCAAAAUCGGUAUUGGAUCAAGGGCAUUUGAUGUUCUGGUUGAGUUAGUAACAAAAAAACGAGGAAUCAGAGUGCAGUUCCAAUAUCAUCUGGCAUAAUGAAAUUGCAACAAGAACCAAUAGCAUCCGCAAUUAAUAGAAUGAUGGCCAAUCGAGCCUGGACGACUCGUUUGCAGAACUCGAUUCGGAACUUGGUCCCCAGUUUCGAUCAGGAACUUGUUUAUAAUGUGUUGCACGGUUCUAAGAGCUCAGAGCACGCUCUCCAGUUCUUCCGCUGGGUUGAAAGAUCUGGACUUUUUCAACACACCAAAGAAACCCAUUUAAAAAUCAUCGAGAUUUUGGGGCGAGCUUCGAAGCUGAACCACGCUAGGUGCAUUUUACUAGAUAUGCCAAAAAAGGGUGUGGAAUGGGAUGAAGAUUUGUGGGUUUUGUUGAUUGAAGGAUAUGGAAAGGGGGGCAUAGUUCAGGAGAGCGUGAAGUUGUUUCAAAAAAUGGAUGAAUUAGGGGUCGAAAGGACGAUAAAAUCAUAUGAUACUUUAUUUAAGGUGAUCAUGCGUAAAGGUCGGUAUAUGAUGGCCAAGAGGUAUUUUAAUAAGAUGUUGGGUGAGGGGAUUGAGCCAACCACGCACACUUUUAACAUCAUGAUCUGGGGAUUCUUUCUCUCAGGGAAGGUCGAGACUGCAAAUAGGUAUUUCGAGGAUAUGAAGAGUAAGGACAUUUUGCCGGACGUGGUCACAUAUAAUACAUUGAUUAAUGGGUACUAUCGGGUAAAAAAAAUGGACGAGGCGGAGAAGUUCUUUGUGGAGAUGAAGGGGAGGAAUAUUGAGCCUACAGUAAUUACUUAUACAACAAUGAUUAAAGGGUACAUGUCAGUUGAGCGGGUCGAUGAUGCAUUGAAAUUGUUGAAGGAAAUGAAGAGUUUUGGGAUUAAACCUAAUGCCAUUACAUACUCAACUUUAUUAUCGGGACUAUGUGAUGCAGGGAAGAUGUUUGAGGCUCGGGGUAUUUUGAAAGAGAUGGUGGAGAAGUACAUUGAACCUAAGGAUAAUGCAAUCUUUACUAGGCUAAUAUCUGGCCAGUGCAAGGCUGGUGUUUUGGAUGCUGCCAUGGAUGUUCUCAAGGCUAUGAUUAGGUUGAGUGUUCCAACAGAAGCGGGGCAUUAUGGUAUUCUAAUUGAGAAUUUCUGCAAGGCUGGUCAAUAUGAUCAUGCUGUUAAGUUGUUGGAUAAGCUCAUUGAGAAAGAGAUCAUUUUGAGGCCUCAGAGUACUUUGCAUAUGGAGCCUAGUGCAUAUAACCCGAUUAUUGAGUAUCUUUGCAACAAUGGCCAGACAGAAAAAGCAGAAAUCCUUCUGCGACAGUUGAUGAAAAUGGGCGUUCAAGAUCCCGUUGCUUUAAAUAAUCUGCUCUGUGGGCAUGCAAAGGAAGGAAAUCCUGAGCCAGCGUUUGAAAUUCUUAAUAUCAUGAUCAGGAGAAAUGUUCUUUCAGAAUGGUCUCACAAUACUUUAGGAACGGGGCGGGAUGGAACAAUGAGAGCCCUCAAGAUUGGGAGGUGUAAUGGUAGCUUCUUGUUAUAUGAUCCAGCAUCAAAAGGAAGAUUAGAAUGUGUUCUUCUUUUCCUAGAUUAUGGGGCAGAUCCUAAUAGAAGAGUGAUGAUACCAAGUACAUCAACACAAUAUAGAGCGAAGAAAAACCUACAUUUGAUGGAGAUUUCAUAUAAUAUUUCUCUAACAUUUUAUUUGGAGCUCAAAAGUGAGGAUAUAGAUCUUUCAAGCUUUCCAUUGUGCGUAGACGUGAUAACUCAGAGAUUACCUAGUAUGGAAGAAAUUAUUGUUGAUGUAUAUAAUAGUAUAUCGGUAGUUGAAAGAACAACGAAUGAAGGAGGAAGUGAUAUCAUUUCAGUAGUCAAUAUGGAUGGAAUUUCAAAAGAUAAAGUCUUUAGGAACAAGACAUUGGUUAAGCUUUGUCUAGAUUCAUCUAGCCCGAAACCUUCACGUCUCAUCGCACAUUACCAUUUAGAGCACUGUCUGAACUUCCACCGUUUGCACUCCGUCCAUCACUCAAAAAAAUCCAUUACUAUUCCGGCUGACGGAAAGCUGAUAUUGCAACUAACACCUGUUACAAUGAAGCCAAAUCUGCUCUGGCCUCCAAAUCAGCAAAAAAUGCAACCCACGUGUAUUUCCAUACAAUUUUUGCCUUAA